AUGACCAUGAUGGGCGCUCCUGGCUGGAAGGAUGUUUGUCCAUCUGGCCAACUGGUGCGAUGCUGCCACCUAGGGGACCUCUCGGCACACUGCAGGUUAACCUUGCCCACAGUCCCUAAACGCAAUGGGCCUGGUGCUCAAGCUCACGUGGGGUUUCCCAGGCAGCGGGAGGGGAUCAUCAAGGGCCCCAAGAUGUCCAAACUUCUAGUUUCGGAAAAGCAAAGAUUACGGCUGCAUGGCAGCAGCGAGCAGAAACCUGACUGGAGGCUGGCUACCAACCACACGGCCAAGCUCGGGGCCGAGCCCCAGGCAGCAACGCUCAUGGAGUCUGUUUCUGAGUAG